CUCAGCACGUUGUUUUGAAAUAUUUACCUGUUCUGAUAAGGUCCUGUAACCUGGGCAGACAUGGCGACAAAUACCUAUUUCACAGAAUAUGAAAACUUGGAGAUCCAUGAGCUAAUGCUGAGGGAUCGUCCCCGGCAAGCCGCCUACUUUGAAGCUAUUCUGGGCAAUAAAGAACUUUUUAAGGACAAGAUCGUAAUGGACGUGGGCGCCGGCACAGGUAUCCUGUCUGCGUUUUGUGCCAAAGCUGGAGCUCGUCUGGUCUACGCCAUAGAGGCUUCCAAUGUGGCCACCAAAGUAGCCCUGGAUCUGAUCGAGGAUAAUGGCUUAACAGAUAUUGUCAAGGUUAUUAACUCCCGAGUAGAGGAAUUUGUGCUACCAUCCAAUGCUGAGAAGGUGGACAUCAUUGUAUCCGAAUGGAUGGGCUUCUAUCUGCUGCAUGAGGGCAUGCUGGACUCUGUUUUGUAUGCAAGGGACCAGUUUCUAAAGGAGGAUGGACUUCUCUUUCCCAGUGAAUGCACCAUCUUCGUGGCUCCAUGCUCCGUGCCGGCUCUCUAUGAUGAUUGGAACGAUGUGGAUGGCAUCAAAAUGACCACUUUUGCCAGUAAAUUAAGAGCACAAAAGUCAUCAAAACCUUCGGUACUGCCGGUGGAACCGAAAGAUCUGCUUCACGAGGGCGUAGUUUUCCACUGGAUGAAUCUGCUGGACGUGACUGUUAACGAGCUGGACUGCAUUGAGUUCAAGGAUGUGGUGGCUCUUCAGAAAAGCGGAAACCAUCAAGGGUUCUGUAUUUGGUUUGAGGUGCGUUUUCCAGGCGACAACUCUGUUGUGCUUAGCACAGCGCCAGACGCUCCGUUGACGCACUGGAAACAGGUUGUACUGGUGCUGCCCGAGGAGAUCUGCGAAAAUAUGGAGGAACGAGAGCCGGUUGCAUUCAAAAUCUGUAUGAGGCGUAGUGGGGACGAUGCACGGAAAUACAACUUGGAGGUGGACCAACUUGAUCCGCAGAUCGAGGAACAUCCAGUGCCAUGCCCCUGCCACAUGACCAAAUGCAUCUUGACGGAAGCCCACCUUAAAAUGAUGGACACCUCGUGAGUGCUGAGCAUUAUGGGACAAAUAAGGUUAUAUAGGAAAUCAUUUUAUUUUAACACCUUUAAUACAAACACAUAUAUCUCAGUCAAACUUAACAUCUAA